AAGCUUGGUAACGAAUGUGUAGUGGAUCCUGAUGGUAAUGUGGAAUGGGACAUCGCUUUUGUUGUAAUGUCACCUUGGGAAGGUGCUCAAGGUGCAAAUUGGGGCGCGUACUUUAUACUUAAACCGACAAUCAUAGCUGCGGGCGCAUUGCUUGCGAUUCCUAAACAAUCGGGUAUAUCCGGAUCCCACAACCAUAGUCAGCAUCAGCAAGGAGCAGUGAUGGGACAAGGUGUCCAAGCUCGUCGUGGAGUUUCUCAGCGUGGUGGACCGCCUCCGGCCGAUGCUACUGCAACAAUGCAAAAUGCACCGCACAUGCGCCUUUCCCCACAGCAGGAACUACCUCUUCGUAUCGUAAUCGACUCAAAGCAUGUGGGAGCGAUCAUCGGUACUGGCGGAAAUAAUGUGAGAGAAAUUACGAAGGAGUCUAAAGCGCGGGUCGUAGUGGAUGUUCAGCGUACAGUCAAGGAUCAGCAAGGACAUAGCGAGAAGAUCAUAUCCAUACUUGGACAUCUUGAAAACUGCUCGAAAGCUUGCGUCAAAAUUUUAGAAGUUGUACAACGCGAAAACGAGAAAGAUGAAACCAAGGAGUAG